AUGUCGCUCAAAGCAAUCAUGGAGACCGUUCUAGUUGUCGGAUCUACUGGAAAUAUCGGCGUAUCAGCCGUCACUGCUGCUUUGCGCUCCAAGCGCAAUGUUUUGGCUGUUGUUCGCAACCAAAGCUCAGCAGACAAGCUCGUGAAGUUGAUUGGAUCGUCGAAAGGAAUCACUUUCGCUGAAGCCAAUGUUCUCUCAGACUCAGGAAUAAAGGGUGUCGUUGAACAAGUCCGAGAGGGCAAGCUCCCAGCUUUCCAGCAUGUGUUUUCUAGCGUUGGCGGCGAGUACACUACAACUCCCCUCCCCGAGAUCACCACCGCCCAGCUGCGCAGCAACUUUAACGUCUCCUUCGAGGCCAAUUUCUUCGCCUAUCGGGAUACUAUCGGUUAUCUGCUAGAACAGAAGAACCCUGCCACUACAUGGACGAUUUGCACCGGCUCGCAGGGCGACUUGGCCACUCACCCCGUGCCGGCUAUGACCCAAGGCGCUUUAUUCCCUAUGACCACGGCCGCCGCCCGUGAGAACGAGUCUACAACCGUCCGUUUCAACGAAAUUUACCUUGGAUACCGUGUCGAGAUUGAUGAACUUGCUGAGCAGCAUGGAGUUACCAAGUCAUCAGACUUUGCGAAUGUGUACGAGCUGCUCCUAGCCGAUCCCAAUGUCCGCAGUUCGCGCGUUCGGGUCGACGAUCUUGAUGAUCUCAAGAAGUUGAAGUACCAGAAGAAGUUCUAG